UUUAAAAAAAAAAAAUUCCAUUCAGAAAUAGAGAGAGUCUCUCUUCCUCUCUCUACCCAUCCGCCUCUUCUCUCAGACCACCACCACCACCACCGCAACCGCAACCACCGCCACCUCACUCUCACUCUCCUCUCUCUUUCUCUCUCCUUAGCUCUCGUGUACACGCGGCGGGCGGCGCUCAUUCGCGGCAGAAUUUCGAGAGCAAUGCCGGCACAGAAGCGUGGCUUCGAGGCCGCGGAGGACGGUGAUCCUGUGGAGAACCACCGCGAGAACGGCCUUGAGGAGCCGCAGGACGGAGAAGAGUCCGAUCGGAGCCGGAGCCCCGAGCCGAGUGAGGACGAGAAGGACGACCAGAAACCCGAAUACGUUGCAGUAAGACUGUCAGAGAUUCGGAAAGAAGUGCAAUGCCCUAUCUGUCUAGGGAUCAUUAGGAAAACAAGAACAGUGAUGGAAUGCCUGCACCGCUUCUGUAGGGAAUGCAUUGACAAGUCCAUGCGGCUUGGGAACAAUGAAUGCCCUGCAUGCCGUACACAUUGUGCUAGUCGUCGCUCUUUGAGAGAUGAUCCGAAGUACGAUGCCUUAAUUGCAGCUAUUUAUCCGGAUAUUGACAAGUAUGAGGAAGAGGAAUUAGCUUUUCAUGAAGAAGAGAAGGCUCGCAAUAAGCAGAUCCAAGCUUCCAUUGCCCAGACAUUUCGACGACAAUCCGAAGCACUUGGUAGGAAGCGAACAACAGCAAAGGCCACUGCAGCUGCAUUUAUGAGAUCACAGGGUAACUAUAAAAAUUUGAGGAGGAGAAGGAAUCAUAAAAAUACUGUUGAAAUUCAAGGAUCCGAUGACAAUGAGGAGGCAAAUGGUAAUGAUGGAGGAAAAGAUUCGUCUUCUGGUGAUGAGCGCAAAGAACCAAGACCAAAAAGACCCAAAAGAUGGGCAGGAGCUCGAUAUUAUCAGCCUUCAUCAGCAACUGCGAAUGCAGAUGGUGAUGAUGAAAAUGAUUAUGAGGUGAACAGAGAAGUUAUGGGUGCAUCUGUGGGGUUUGUUCGCAGUCCAGAAAGGCUUGCAUGGGGUAAAGGUGGCAUGCGGAGUCAUACACGAUAUGGCAGUUCUAGUGGUGCGAAUGGUAAGAAUGCCAGGAACCGCCUUUCUAAGUUGGUGGAUUAUCUCCGGAACUCGGAAGCUAAUGAUAAAGGGCUGGAUAUCCACCUCCUACUUGUUUCUUUUGAUGAACAAAGAAUACCCAGUCUGCAGAGGCCUUAUCUUUGCUGCAGUCCCACCCUGUCAGUUGGACAACUAUGUCAGUAUGUUGCUGCACAAACUGCACUGCAACCUGAUGAAGUGCAAAUAUACUUUUUAAAAGAACUACAAGCCAAAGUUAACCCAUCAGACCCUACAAAUGCUUCAGUUUCAACAUCUGGUGUUUUAGAUUCAAGCAAGGAUACACUGCUUCUGUUAAGAGACGAUGAAUUAUUGGGAGAAGUCCAAGUACGCCAUCUCAUUCGUGGCCAUCUGCUUUUGGCGUAUCAGAAGAAGUGGAACUUAAACCGUGGCUGAAGAUAAGUUUCUGGUAGCAAACCUAGCAUAUUUUAGUUUUGACUAGAUAUAUAUAUAGUGAGCACUAGGCAUGGAGAGCAUCAGGUCAGUUAGGUCUCAUAUUUAGAGCUUCUCCAUCAUGUGUUGUUGGUUAGAGCAGAUGCCUGUCUUUGGAGCUCGCCAAGUACUCGCAGAACGAGCAAUUUAGAAGCAGACGUCUUCGAAGCUCAUUACAACUGUUAAUUGUAUUACAGGUUAUAAGUACCGGGUCAGUUGUGAAAGUAAUCUAUUUAAUCUUAUGGCUGCCAUGUUUGACUA